AUGACCCUUACUCCUACCGCAAGAUUUCAUAUUGGACUUAUUAAUCGACAUUGGUAUAAAGAUACAUUACAAGAAUUCGAUAUAUCAAAUAAUGCAUUCGUUUCAGUCUCUCCCUUUAAUAUAUCAAUAUUAAAAGCAAAUUCUUUACCAACAAAUGUAAAUUCAGCGAAUUUUGGAGAUUGGGAAGGAAGAAUUAUUGGUAAUAGCAAUAAUGGCAAUGGCAAUAAUAGUGGUAUUAAUCAUGGUGGUAAUAUUGAUAUUAUGAGUGUUCAAAAUUCAGUUGAAUGA